AUGAUUCUGUCGUUGAUACUUAUCACACCUAUUGUGUGGACCCUGUAUUUCUGGUACAAGAGAAGAAAUUUGUACCGGUUGGCGGCGAAAAUUCCUUCGAUUGAUGGAUCCUCGUCCAUCAUUGGCAUAACACACCGGCUAGUUGGAGAUAAUGAGACUAUCAUGACAUCACUUCAACAAUUUAGUUAUUCAAGUAUGAAACAUGAUGGCGUUGUAACAGGAUGGUUGGGACACAUACUUUACUUCGUUGUCGUCAAUCCCGUGGACAUGGAGCAUGUUCUAAAGUCUUGCCUAGAGAAGGAUGACCUCCACAGAUUUGUUCGAAAAGUUGUGGGUAACGGAGGCAUAUUUGCACCAGUUUCAAUUUGGAGGCGUCGAAGAAAGAUCCUGGUACCAGUUUUCAGCCCAAAAAUAGUAGAGAAUUUUGUGAAAGUAUUUGCAGAACAGAGUCGAAAGCUUGUUAAAAAACUGUCAAGUUACACUGAUAAGGGAAAAAUUAAUAUGUGGCCUUUCUUAAGUAGUUACACAUUGGAUUCGGUCUGUGAAACAACAAUAGGAGUGAAAAUAAAUGCCCAAGAUAAUCCCGAUUGUCUAUUUCUGAACGCUAUGAGCAACACUUUGCAAUUAAUCUGUCAGAGAAUAUUCCAUCUAUGGCUUCAUCCCGAUUGGCUGUACAGUUUAUUUCCCCAAUACAAGACACAUCAGAAAUGUAUAGGCCUACUGCACGAUUUCACUGAUGAGGUCAUAAGAAAAAAGAGAGAAGAACUAAAAAAUGAGGAAUCCUUUAAAACAGAGGUAGACCACGAAUUCGAUUUGGGAUGGUAUAAAAAGGCGACUUUUUUGGAUCUAUUGAUAAAAUUAUCUGGCGGAGAAAAAGGGUAUACCAACGUUGAGCUCAGAGAAGAAACGUUGACCUUGAUAAUAGCUGGCACAGACACUUCUGCUGUCGCGGUGGGGUACACCAUCCAGCUUCUAGCCAAGUAUCCUGAGGUACAGGAAAAGUUGUAUCAGGAGUUAUACGAUGUAUUCGGUGAUUCGGAACGCCCUUUGGUGAAAGAAGACCUCAUGAAAUUAAAAUAUUUGGGGAGAGUGGUCAAAGAGUCACUAAGAUUGUUCCCUCCGGUGCCUCUUAUCAUAAGAAAAGUCUUGGAAGAUACAAAAUUACCAUCUGGCCGGGUAUUACCUGCUGGAUCAGGUGUGGUGUGUUCAAUAUGGGGGGUGCAUCGUGACCCGAAAUAUUGGGGCCCCAACGCGGAGGAAUUUGAUCCCGACAGGUUCCUGCCAGAAAGAUUAAAUUUAAAACAUACAUGCAGUUUUAUGCCAUUUAGCAAUGGACCCAGAAAUUGUGUUGGAUACCAGUAUGCCUUGAUGUCAAUUAAAACAGUAUUAUCAACGAUUCUACGAGAAUAUAAAAUUGUUGAAGAUAAAGAAAACGGACGAGUACCUAAGAUGAGAGUUAAACUUGAUAUCAUGAUGAAGGCAGUCGAUGGGUAUAGGGUCGCUUUGGAAAAGAGAGAAAAAGUUCCGCCACGAAAACGACAAUAA